AUGAGUGAUCAGCACCCUCGUCUCUCGCAGGAAGGAGUGCCUCUGUCUUAUACCACGACCUCCAACACAAUCACCUCUGCUUCCUCUCCUCCACCCAAAAAACACAAACUCUCUCUCAGCGCCAGCGGCAAAUUCUUCCCCUCGCGUUCGUUCUCUCGCUCACGCGCUCGCUCAGAAUCUCCCACUCCAACAGAUCUGUCUCUCGACGUCCCUCGAUCAAGGACUCGUCAUCGCGCCGGAACUCUCGAUAUUCCGCGCAGUCAUCCCCCUACUGAAUACUCUGCUCGACGAUCCACCAGUCCUCGCCCAAUGUCUCCCUCCGUGAGCCAGGACCCGUCCGUGACCGCCCAGAAGCGCGUCUCCGGAUCAUCAGACACCUACUCCCCGCGUCGCAGCGGCGACGAUUAUCGUCGCUACAGCGGCACCGUCAAUCAUUACGGUCGUCACUCCAACGAUUGGCUGUUCGGUGGCUUCAGCUUGAGGGACACCGUUCGCGAUGGUGUCGAGAAGCUGCGCGGGUUUAGCGAUAAGAGUUGA